AUGCUGAUCCCCGUUUUGACGCUGGUUGCGUCUCUUGCAACUGUUCUCUACUCCCUUUACAUUAUUGUCUCUACACACGUUCUCCGUCACCGCAUGAAGAGAGAAUAUGGCACACUUCCGCCCAAGAAGCUACCUCAAAAAGAUCCCAUCUUUGGAACUGAUGUGGUACUUCAAAAUCUGGACGCUGCAAAGAAGUUCGGCUUCCUUGCUCUCCUGAAGAAACGCCAUGCUGAGCAAGGCCAGACUUUUACCACGAACACAUACCUUCGGACUACCAUCAACACUUGCGACCCAAAAAGAAAGAGUGCAUCACCGCUCCUUGGCCGAGGCAUUUUCACAACCGACAACGAGAUAUGGGCCCAUCAGAGGGCACUCAUCAGACCAAGCUUCAUCCGAGCUCAGGUGACAGACUUCAGCAUCUUCGAAACACACGUCGACCAGCUUAUACAGCUAAUCGCCCGGGAGAAUUACACCGUAGACUUGCAACAGUUAUUUUUCCGCAUGGUUCUUGACUCAAACAGCGAAUACCUUUUUGGAGAAUCGGUUGGUUUAAUGUCAGAUCACGCUUCCGACUCUGCCCAUACUUUCCACCAUGCUCUUGAUUACGCCCAGCAAGGAACGAUUCUUCGACUUCGCCUCGGUAAUUUGAUGUUCGCGCACAGAGACGCCAAGUUCAGGGAUUCAUGUGGCAUUGUGCACGCAUAUGCCGACAAGUUUGUCAAGCAAGCCCUCGAGUUCCGCGAGCACGAGAAGCUUUACCCUAUGGAGAAGAAAGACGAGUACGCUCGCACGAAGUACGUUUUUCUCAAUGAACUGGCCAAAGACACCGACAACCCCAUCAUGCUGCGCGACCAGAUUGUCAACAUGUUGCUCGCGGCCAGAGACACAACAGCAGGACUGCUAGCAUUCGCCUUCUUCUUGCUGGCACGGAAUCCUAAGGUCUGGGAUAAGCUCAGGGCGGACGUGCUUGGAAACUACACAGAGCCUUUGACCUACGAUGCUGUUAUGCAGAUGACAUAUCUACGCUAUGUGCUUCAAGAAACUCUUCGACUCUUCCCUCCUAUUGCCACUAAUAGCCGCAUGGCCAACAAAGACUGCGUAAUUCCGGUUGGCGGUGGCCCCGACGGAUGCUCGCCAAUGUUCGUUGCCAAGAAUAAUGUGGUCACCUACAGCACUUUCGUUAUGCACCGUCGUCCAGAGCUCUUUGGGCCCGAUGCUGAGGAAUUCAUCCCGGAACGUUGGGAGACCCUCCGACCAGGCUGGGAAUAUCUGCCCUUCAACGGUGGUCCUCGCGUUUGCCCUGGUCAGAAGUUCGCCCUCACUGAGUCGUCAUACACCAUUGCAAGGUUGUUGCAUGCCUUCUCCGGGAUUGAAAAUCUGGAUCCGACUGACUGGCGCGAGCAACUCACCUUAUCCUUGACGUUGAACAAUGGGGUAAAGGUGCGACUCCACCCGGAAGCUUAG